AUGAAGUUCGUCACUGUCGUAUCCUCUGUCAUGAGCCUCUUGGCUCUGGUCCAGCUGUGCCCUGCGCCGGUUGGGCUCAUCGACAUGGCCAUCAUUUGGGUCGACUCCGCCAUCGCCGGUGCUGCUGUCUCGACGGCCAUUAAGAAAGGGGCUGGAGGCAAGCGCGACGAAAUCAAGGGCUUCGCCGUGCCUGUGGUGAAACGCCCCGGUGAGAGCGAGCACGACAAGCGCGACGAGUGGGACAACCUGCCACAGCCCGCCGCCGACGAAUGCAAAGGCCAGUUGAAGAGCGCGUACAUCACGGUGAGCCCGCAGACGAACAACGGCGUGUGCCUGGACGGUGUCCCGCCGGCAUGCAUGACGCUGGCGACGAUCCUGCUGGGCCAGGACGGCAGCCAGCCGAUGCCGAUCCCGAUGGGUUCUGCGGCGUUGCAAUACAACAACCUGACCGAGGCCCAGGUCAACUACUUGCAGAAUCUCCUCGAUGCCCACAACGCGGGUAAGAACUAG